CAUAACUAAGUUUACUGCACAUGAUGUAAUCAGCUGAAGCAGACAGAGCACAUGGAGAUGGUACAACACGCUAAACACACCAGUUUCAAAUUUCACUUAUGUUUAGAACAUAGUUUCAGCAGGAUUUCAUUAAAGAGUGUUCUCAGGUGGAACCCUUGUAUGUUUCAUAUUAAAUAAUAAUCUUUAACUCUGCUUUCCACUGCAAAAUGGUUCCUCCCACUUUACAACACCUCCCAUUCUCACACACGAUCCUCCCAUUCUCUCUUUCUCUCUCACACACUGAGAACAGCACACAAAACCAGCAGAUGUUUAAGCCUGAGCUGAGAUCUUUAAAGGAUCUUUCACGUCUGAAGUGAGCAGAAAAGGAAGAGAGAAGAGAAGGAAUUAGACAAAGCUGUUUUAAAUUCAGCAGAAGAGGCUUUUCUAAAACAAAUACUGGGUUGGACUGAGCAACAUCCUGGCGUCAUGUUGUCUUUCAACACUCAGAUAUUAAAAUAGCCAAGGAGGCAGAGAAGGGUGAAACUAUGCCAGACUUGUGAAGAUUAAAAAAGAACAUUAUUUUUGUGUUGAAAGAAGGAACAUGAUCUUCGAUCAUAGAGAAAUAAGCAGCAGCUGUGAUGUUCAUGAACUUUCGGCGUAUCAGCAAGCGUCAGUGUGUCCAGAUGCUGACCACCGGCCUGGUGCUGUGUGUACUGAUGGUCUGCCGGGAGAAGCUGAACCAUCAUGUGGUGAGCCACGUGAUCGCCUUCUCUUACCGCUACCUGGUUAACAGCUAUGACUUUCUCGAUUCCUCCCUCGCCAUCUCCUCGGACCAUCACAGCUCCAUCAGUGUCGAUGGCAGGUUUGUGAAUCAUCCAUACCUCAUUAACCACCCAGGGAAAUGUAAAGCUGGAGAUGGGAAGGGCUGGGAUGAUGUUCUCCUGCUCCUCUUUGUGAAAUCUGCACCAGAAAACUUCGAUCGACGCCGGGACAUCAGGGACACGUGGGGGAACGAGAGCUUUGUUUGGUCAGAACUGGGGGUGAGUGUGAGGCAUGUGUUUGCCAUGGGUGUUUAUUCAGAUGUGGGGCAGAGAUCUAGGAUCCAAAACGCCCUUCUUCAGGAGGACCGGAUCCAUGGAGACCUCAUUCAGCAGAACUUUGUGGAUACAUUUCAUAACCUGACAACUAAACUGCUCCUCCAGUUCCACUGGAGCCAAACAUACUGCCCUCAGGCCCACUUUGUCAUGUCUGCAGAUGAUGAUGUUUUUGUCCACAUGCCUAAUUUGGUGAAGUACUUACAGCAACUCCUGAGGAGCCAAUUAGGUGCUAAAGACCUGUGGGUGGGGCAUGUUUACAGAGGAGCCCCUCCAAUUCGUCAUAAAGAUAGCAAAUACCAUGUUCCCUAUGGUCUGUAUCCCUGGCCUUCCUACCCAGACUACACAGCAGGAGCAGGCUACGUAGUCUCGGGGGAUGUAGCUGCUAAGAUCUACCAGGCCACCCUGGUGCUAAAUACUUCCCUCUACAUCGAUGACGUCUUCAUGGGAGUGUGUGCCAAGGUCAUGGGAGUCUCUCCCCAGCAGCAUGGAUACUUUUCAGGCGAGGGCAAGGCUCCAUACCACCCCUGUAUCUAUGAUCACAUGAUUACAUCUCACGGUCAUGCAGCAGAUGUGCGUUUACUGUGGCAGGCAGCAACAGACGUCAAGGCUGGAGGAAUGCUGGGUAAACUGUACUGCACAGCAGUGAGAGUGAUGCUGCUGUGUCUGCCAUAUUACCACACUUACCCCUGUCUGGCUGCUUUCACUUAAAUUAUAUUUGUGAGGGAUUAACAUUUUUUACCUUAAUGUUUCAGUCAUACUGCUUUCAAGUUAUAUUUACCUUUUUUUAAUAACGUUUUUAUUCUCUGUAUGCACGCGUACACAGACCUUCAUCUGAAUUUUAUUAUACUUGACUUAAACCAGCAACUUUGUUUAGAUUAAGUUUAUAUGACCCAAAUUAUGUUUGUUGGUUGAAUUUUUUGUAUGAAUUGGUGCUAAAUUAAACCUGAUGCUGUGAAAUCUGAUGUAAGCUGUGUCUGUACAGUAAGAAAUAUAAAGGAAAUAAAGUUUUGUUUUCUUGA